UGAGCUGCUGCAGGCAGCGGGGAUUCCCCAUCCCUGCUGUGAUUGCCAAGAUGCAGGAGAGGAAGAGCUUUGUGUCCCAGAUCUCCAGGGUGCUGAGGAACAGGAGAGCCUGAAAGGUGCCUGCAAAGGUGGCAGGAUGGAUGAGGAGAGUUCCCCACAGCAUGGGUCUUUGGGAGCAGAUCCAGAUGGGGCAUCAUCUGAUGAGGAUGCUUCCAUGGAAGAAGAGCCAUAUGGGAUGCUGCCUGGUGGGAAUGAGUCCAUAGAAGAGGACCCAGAUGGGGCAUUGUCUGAUGAGGCUUUAUCCCAGGUUUCAGCCCCGAGGCAAACCUCUGAGCACUCUCCUGGCUCACAAACCCCUUCAGCAUUGGAAUCUCAGUGGGAAAAGCCCCCAGGGCUGCCUCUCCCAUUGGUACCCACUCAGCCCAGACCAGCCCCCAAGAAACCCCCUUACCGCGAGGCACACCCGACCAUCUGCAGCGAGUGUGGGAAGAGCUUCACCCGAAGCUCCCUGCUGGCCCAGCACCAGCGGGUGCACACAGGGGAGCGGCCCUACCAGUGCACUGAGUGCGGAAAAAGCUUCAGCCGCAGUUCCACCCUCAUCCAGCACUGGAGGACCCACACAGGGGAGCGGCCCAAUACGUGCACCGAGUGCGGGAAGGGAUUCAGCCAGCGCUCUGACCUAGUGAAGCACCAGCGCACCCACACCGGGGAGCGCCCCUACCAGUGCCUCGACUGCGGUCAGAGCUUCAGCCGCAGCUCGGACCUCAUCAAGCACCAGCGCAUCCACACUGGGGAGCGGCCCUACAUCUGCCCUGACUGUGGGAAGGGCUUCAGCCGCAGCUCCGACCUCUUCCAGCACCAGCGCACCCAGCGCGGCGAGAAACCUUACAAGUGCACUGAGUGCGGGAAGAAAUUCAGCCGCAGCUCCAACCUCAUCCGCCACCAGCGCACCCACACGGGUGAGAGGCCCUAAGUCUGCCCAGACUGCGGGCGUGGCUUCUCCCAGAACUCCCACUACACGGACCACCAGCGGAGCCACCGCCAUGAGAAACCCUACCAUUGCACCCAGUGCGGCAAGGACUUCGGGCGCAGCUCCACCCUGGUCAAGCACUGGCGCACACAUGCCAGGGAGAUCCUGUGAGCCUGGGGCAGAGAGCGGGACUUUCAACUAUCCAGUCGUGGACCAGGAAUCCCAACGUGGCCUCCUGGGGAACUUGACUCAGUGUUGCCCCCAAGGUCAGCUUGAGAUGUCAUCCACCAGUAGAGUCAAUGCUCUUCUUCUAGGGAACUUGACCCAAUAUCUCCCUCGGGGUCAGCUUGGGUUGGUGGUGCCACUAGUCACGGCUGGUCCCUUGGAGGAUUUGAUACAGUGUGUAUUAUCCAGGGUCAGCCUGAUUAACAGUGUUACAAGUCAAUGCCUUUCUCCUAGGGGAUUUGAAACAAUGUCUGUAGCAGAUUCCAUCUGAUACAAUGUUUCCAGUGGGGUCACACAUACCCCUUAACCUGGCACAUUCGAUACAAUGUUUCCACCAGGAUCAUUUCUCUUUUCCGUAAAUAAUGUGAUUCAAUGUUUCUAAGAGAGUCAAUUCUUCCCUGGAGGGUAGGUCAGGGUCCCUUUGAUGCAAUGUCUCCACUGAGAUCCAUUCUCUUUCCUUGGGUGCAUUGAUACAUUGUCUCCAAUAGAGUCACUCUUCCUCUUUUCAGAGAACUUGGUACAAUGUUUCUGCCAUUGUCAAUUCUUCUAUCCUGGUUGAUUUGAUACAACUGUAUCCAAGAGGGCCAGUUCUUUGCAAGUGGUAUCUCUAGACCAAGAUCAGUGUGAUACAAUGUCUCCACUCAUGGUCCAUCCGAACUACUUUGGAUGAAUUGAUACAUUGCCUCCAGUAGAGUCAACACUCUUCUCCCAGGGCAAUUUGAUUCCAGGGUGACCAAUACUCCCCUUGAGGACUGGAUACAAUAGUCAGAUCCUCAGACGGUGUAAAUUGGCAUGGGUCCAUUGUAGUGAAGGGCAUUCUAGUGAUAUAUACCAGGACAGUGGAGAAGAGAAAGGAGCCAGUUUCAAGAAGACAAAUGUGAGACGGGGCCUGGAGAAAGACAGAGAAAGAUUCCUAGAAGACAGGAACCGAAAGAGAAACUUCAGGAGAACAGAAUUUGAGUGAGAGUUUGAAGUUAAAAAUAAGAGAGGUAAAUCACCGCACAGGGGGUAGUUACUAACAAAUGUUCAGAAUGAAAGCCUAGACUAGAAGUUGAAGAUUCUUAGAAGGAGAAACUGAGGACAACUUAGUACGUUAGUGCACAGCAAAAUUAUCCCAUAAGUCUAAGCAAGAAAAGAGUCUCCUUACCUUAAGUGAACUGUUAAGGACAUCUGAAACUGAACUGGUAGAGAAUUGGCCAAUGAAUUUUUUUUGUCAAAAAUUACCAAUUUGUCAGAACUAAAAAUUUCAAUUAGUUUUUUGUCAAUGCUAA